AGGAGGAAAGAUGGCGGAGGAGUCGCUGGGAGACCCGGAAGCACUUACCCUCCACUUCCUCCCGUUUGCCUUCUGCCUCACCUAGAGCCGUCCGGUCGCAGACUGUCUCCGAGACGCUUCCUGUCCGUAGCAGAAUCACCAUGAUUCUUCAGAGGAUCUUCAGGCUCUCCUCUGUCGUCCGGUCUGCAGUCUCAGUCCAUUUGAGGAGGAAUAUUGGUGUGACAGCAGUGGCAUUUAAUAAGGAGCUUGAUCCUGUACAGAAACUCUUCGUGGACAAGAUCAAAGAAUACAGAACUAAGCGACAGUCAUCUGGAGGACCUGUUGAUACUGGCCCAGAGUAUCAGCAGGAGUUGGAGAGGGAGCUUUUCAAGCUUAAGCAAAUGUAUGGUAAAGCAGACAUGAAUGCGUUCCCUGACUUCAAAUUUGAAGAUCCCAAAUUUGAAAUCCUGGAAAAACCCCAGGCCUGAAGAAAUGUAAAAUUUGUUUAUGGUCAUAGUCCAGUACAGUGCUGAACAAAUAGAGGAGGAAAACGGGGCCAGGGAGAGGUUUCUCCAAAGGAACUUCCCUUUAAAGAUCAAGCUGUGUGGUGGUGUUUUGCCCAGGUGAUGGAGGGAGGGUCCAGCAGAUCA